UUUCUUUACAAAUCCCGCCCCUCAUUUUUUUGUUUUUGUUUCCCAUAUAAAUUCUUCUCCUCAUUCUCUCCAAUUCUCCCUCCUCUCUCUCUCUCUCGCUCUAUUCUGCUAAUCCUUUUUAUUUAAUUAAAAUAAACAUUUAGUGAUCGUCACAAUGGGCGAAGAAGCCAAAGUUCAGGAAGAAGAAGUGAAGGCCGAGGAGAAGAAGGAAGAGGCGAAGGUUGAGGGAAAUGUAGAGGAGAAGAAAGAGGAAGAAGAGCCCAAGAAAGAAGAAGAGGAAGCGACGAAGCCGCCAUUGCCAUUUGUGCUGUUUGUGGACUUGCAUUGUGUGGGAUGUGCCAAGAAGAUUGAGCGCUUUAUUCUCAAGAUUAGAGGAGUUGAGGGAGUGGCGAUGGACAUGGCGAAGAAUGAGGUGACGAUAAAAGGAGUGAUUGAGCCUCAAGCGGUGUGCAGCAGAAUCAUGAAGAAGACAAAGAGAAGAGCUAAAGUAUUAUCACCAUUGCCCCAAGCUGAAGGUCAACCCAUGCCGGAAAUUGUUGCUUCACAGGUUAGUGGAUUGGCUACAAUCGAACUCAAUGUGAACAUGCAUUGCGAGGCUUGUGCGGAACAACUCAAGAAGAAGAUACUCAAAAUGAAAGGAGUUAGAACGGCGGAGACGGAGCUGAGCUCCGGCAAAGUGACGGUGACGGGCACCAUGGACGCGGACCGCCUCGUGGACUACGUCUACCGGCGAACUAAAAAGCAAGCCAAAGUGGUGCCGCAGCCCGAGCCGGAGAAGCCCCCGGAGGAGAGCCCCAAGCCCGAAGAGAAACCGGCUGAUGCAAAGCCGGCGGAGGAGGAGAAGAAAGAGGAGGGCGACAAAAAGGAGGAAGAGGGUGGCACUGCGGCGGAGGAGGAGGAGGAGGAGGACAAGAGUAUGGAGGAGCCAGGCAUGUACAAAAUGAUGUAUCAUAAUUAUCAGCCAAUUUAUGUGGUUGAAAGAAUCCCGCCGGCGCCGCAGCUUUUCUCCGACGAAAAUCCUAAUGCAUGUUUUAUUAUGUGAUGAGGGGAAAAAAAAAUGUUUUUAUAUAUAAUGAUUCUGUAUGGGUAUCUUAUUUGCGUUUUUGUUAUAAUAAGAUAUUAGUGCAGAAUUUUCUAUCUUAAA